GACCGAUGCGAGUCCGCCAAGUCCGGAUAUUUGUGGCCGCUGCUGGGAUGGCCGAAUCGACGCCAGGCCCGAUCAACCUGCAACACAGGCCCGAUGGGCUACACCACGUUGUCCGGAGUCCGAGUCCCUGGCCUCGUCGGUAGCGAUGGCAAUGGUGAUGGCGACUCUGGCGAUGCCAGCGGCCUCGGACCCGGGCCCGAUCGAGCAGCCGCCUCCGUCUCGGACGCCCGGCGGUCAGGUCGGGUGCACGAGGAGCUCAGAUCCAUGCGGCCUGAAUUGCAGGCAGCGCAUGACCAGCCGCCGCCACAGUACCAGAGAGGACCACAAAUGCAUUGGCCUGCCCCGGGCCGACUGGAGGAGCCGAGGUCAAAGGCUCGCAGAGAGCCGCACGAGGCCCAGGUCGUCGAGGCAAUGAUGACGGCUCGGCGACAGCUGGUACACCUGCCGUCUGAGGCAGAGAUGCUGGCCACUUUGAAGGCACAAGAGGCGAUGUGUAAGUCCAUGCGAGAACUAGAUCUUCUUAAUAGAAUAUUGUGGCUUGGGAAUUUUAGCACGGGAAAUAAUCCACCCUCAGAUCUCGAAUACCAAAUGAUAUAA